CCCGCCUCUACCACCGCCAAUCGCCUACUGACCGCAUCGCUCAAUACUAACACUUCAACUCGCACAUGUAGACCUCGAUGCAUCGCCGUUCCCUCGCCAUCACCGCUGUGAUCCUGCUUCUACUCCUUAACACGACAGCUCAAUUCUUCCCUUCCCUCCGCCUAAUCGUCUGGGCCUUCUUCACCGGCAGCACCGCGUCCAUAAUCCUAUUGCUAGUCUCGGGACUCUUCACUGUCCAUCGCCGCCCAAGCGACAACAAUGUCCUCAAGACCAUCAAACCCCUCGCCUUUGCAUCGCCAGCGCUCUGGUCCAAGGAAGUCGAAGCGAUAGCGUUGGAAGACUCCUUCUACAGACUACCCUUAUACCCGCCGUCGUUCGUGCUCUCGGACUCUAUCGAUGUAUUCCUUGAAAACGUCCUUCGGGACUUCGUAAGCUCCUGGUACUCGAAGAUAUCCUCCGACCCGUCGUUCACUAUUCAGGUCGAUCGGACAAUUCGUCAUGCGCUAGGCGUCUUGCGGGAUCGGAUACAGGGUUUGGACCUUGUGGAGGUUAUCGUCGGAAAGAUUGUACCGCUGCUGACGGCUCACUUGCACGAUUUUUCCGCCGCCGAGAGGGCCGUCAGGGGGAAGCAUCUUAACAAAGAUCUUACGGAGUCGGAGGAGCUGGAUUUGGCGAUUGCUGGCAAGUACCGAGAGGGGAAGCUUCACCCCGCGGCUAGCUUGAAGUUUUCGGAUACGAAGCUUGCGCAACAGGACCACUUGAGGCUUCUAGUGGAUAAUAUAUUACCCGUGCUAUUGCCUGAGAGGGAAAGGAAGAGUAGGGCCGUUGCGACAAUUGUGAAGGAGAUUGUGGCUUGUGGCAUUUUGUUCCCGGUUAUGGGGAUACUGAGCGAUCCAGAUACUUGGAAUCAAUUUAUUGAAGCUAUAGGUCGGUCAACUCUCCAAGAUCGUAAAACUGUUCGAAAGCUCAGAGCUGCCCUGGAUCAACAUGCUACUCCACGGCACCCAAACUCCCUCGGCCACUCGAGGAAUUACUCUCAGGUGGAACUUGCGCCAAGUCAACCAUUCAUACGGCUUUCUGCCAAAGACGACGAACGCACUUUCGAGCGCUUUAUUCGGUCUAUCAGGCUUUGUAACAACCUCUCCGACGCUAGAAGAUUGAGGAAUGAGGUCAGUGCUCAAUUGAAGAGAGACGAAAGGGUUGAACCAAAGGAAGGAUGGGCUGUCUACCUACGUAGGCUAGAGACCGGCAAGCGAGAGGUUGAUAAGAGGGUUGCUCAAUUAUCGGCCAGUGUUGCGGGACCAGGCGGUGGACCUAUAAGGACACAUUCGGAGGUGCUCGUUCCCAAACAGGCUACAACUAGUCACUUGGAGUUUGCCACUCCGCAACAGGUUCUUCGAGAUUCAUCUGGGCUGUCUUACUUCAUGGAGCAUAUGGACCGGCGUAGACGCUUGCCCUUAGUGCAGUUCUGGCUUGUUGUUGAUGGCCUUCGUAAUCCGUUGGAAGAAGAUGUAUCAUCAUCCGACGACGAGCAGGAAACAUCCACUUCUACUGCUCAUGCUGCUUGGACACUGUCGGAUCGAGCUGACCUAGCCCAAAUCCAUGAAGCAUAUUUAUCAAUGCCGGAGCUUCAAAUUCGAGAAAGGACCAACCUCGCUGUGAAAGAAUUUCUUAAAGCAGGGAGUAAUGCAACACAGGAACAGUACAUACGGGCAAGAGCGGCUGUGUUGAGGGCUCAGACGGCAGUAUUUGAAGAGAUGCAGCAGAAGGACUUUCCCGAGUUUAGGGCUAGUGAUUUGUUCUACAAGUAUUUGGCCUCUGACGAGACUGCCGCAUCACAAGUGAGGCCUGUGUCUGACCGGACGAGCCGAGAAAUGGUCCGGAGCUCUUCAUGGGCCAAUGCUUCGCACCCCUCGGAAACAUCAGAUCCCAUGAUAUCGUCGAGACAUUCCCUAGACGGCGCCAGGCCCGCAGAAAGGUCUCUAGAUGAUUGGGACUUUGACCCGCUGUCAAACUCCCGACAAAGCCUUGACGAGGAGCCACCCCAAUACUCACAGUAUCUCAGCCAACCCCAACAAGAACCGGGAAGACAUAGCCCGGAGGAUGGCAUUGUGGAAGCAAUGGAAGCAGCGCUGAACGACAUCAUCGAAGACCGCCCAAGCCUCGACGAGAGCAGAAGCUCGCCAUUCCAGAAUAGCCCUGUUCUAACAGGACCUAAUUCACCGCGGAGUUCGAUCGACGUAUCCCGGGAUAGCAACAGUAAUGGUACUGGGAGCGGGAACGGGAACGGACAGAAGUUCACCGCGGUAUCUGCGGUCAAAGAGAAAGCGAAGGCGAAACCACCGAGUAUUUCUUCCCUCGGCCUCGUUGGCACGGGUCCUAGCGGUGGCGUAUUCGCUGACGACGAGUUAUUCCCUGACGAGGCGGCUGUGGUCGAUUGUCACUCUUCUGGCGAGGAAGCCGAGGACAAGGAUGGCCCGGAUGGGGGUAGUGGAUCUGAUGAUGAGAUUCGACAGGCUGCGCCUGGGGAUCUUGGACUGGCAGAGGCGAUCGCUGCGUUGACGUUUGAUAUCGAAAAGCUGUCUACUCAGGAGGCGGUUGUCGAUAGCCUUUACCGGAAAGCAGAGUUAACGAAUAAUACUGUUGAGCUGAGGAUCCUCGGGAAGAGUAAGGCUAGCUUGCAUCGUGAGAUUCGGAGGAAGGAGCUUCAGAGGCAGCAGUAUAUCGUUCAGGAGAGUGACAAUAGCCUUUAUGGCCGCGCAAAAAUAAGGAUCAAAUCCACCAGGGUCGGCAGGGAGAACGGCCAAGAAUACGCUCUCUAUAUAAUAGAAGUCCACCGCCCCGCCGGUGACCAAAUGCCGCCAGCAACCUGGACCGUUCCCCGCCGCUACAGCGAAUUCCUAAACUUACACCAAACCCUCCGUAGCACCUUCCCGAGUGUCAAACCGCUGGACUUCCCUCGACGUCGGGUAGUAAUGAAGUUCCAAAAAGACUUUCUGGAAAAACGUCGAGUCUCACUGGAAACCUACCUCUGUUCCCUCCUCCUUUUGCCAGACGUCUGCAGAAGCCGAACCUUUCACUACCGCCGCGACAUAAUGUCCCGACUCUACAACUCAAUAGCAGAUGGGGUGGAAGACCUUCAGCACCAAUCCAAUCCUCCAAGCAUAAUCCCCGGCGAAACCAUCGAUGCAGCAGAAGCGGAGGCCGAACUCUCCGCCUUUGAAAACCGCGAAUCAACACCCUUCGUAAAGCCCAUCUGCGAUAUCUUCUUGGAAGUAUUCCAGCUGAAUCGGGGAAGUAAUUGGCUCCGCGGCCGUGCUGUAGUAGUCGUGUUGCAGCAGUUACUCGGCGGGACGAUAGAGCGGAAGGUACGUGAGCAGGUGCGCGGGUUGGUUGACGAGGAAGAAAUUAUCCGAUAUUUGGACAUGCUGAAGGCGACUCUCUGGCCGGAGGCGGUAGCUACAGGGCAGCAGCAACAGCAGGCAGGGAGGGGUGCGAAGGAGAAGGUCAGGGCAAGGAAUGAAGCCAAGAUCAUACUUGCUACGCUCAUACCGGACCUUGCGGGGAGUGUUGUUGGGAGGGAAAAUGCUAGGGCUGCUGGGAGGAGGUUGUUUGCUGGGUUGAAUAAUGGGAGGUUGAAGUGUGUCCCUCCUUUUUCCUCCCUUGAUAAGGUGGGUUGGGCUGACGUGUGCGUGGUGGGGUUUAGUUCAUCGAUUGUGUAUACGAUUCUGGAUGAGCUUGUUGGAAUUGUGUUUGACGAGCGGUUGUAG